AUGGCUGCUGAUCAAAACCAAGUGCUUCCUGAGUCCGGCGGGAUGGCUAGGGCUUGGGAUCGACUGGUUGAGUUUGGAGUAGGAAUGAGAUCGAAAGUGAUAGUGUUUGCAGAGAAGGUUUGGAGAAUGGGUGCAGACGAUCCGAGAAAGGUCAUUCACGCUGUUAAAGUAGGGGUCGCUCUCUCUCUCGUCUCGCUCUUUUACUACACCCGCCCCUUCUAUGAUAAAUUCGGCAGCAACACCAUGUGGGCGGUGAUGACCGUCGUUGUGGUCUUCGAGUACACUGUCGGUGGUUGCUUGUACAAGGUAAUCAACAGAGGAAUAGCCACGCUCGGCGGCGGCAGUCUUGCACUGGCCGCCCACUGGAUGGCAGACAAGUCAGGGCCAAAGACGGAGCCAGUAAUUCUCGGUGCCUCAGUGUUCCUUUUAGCUAUAGCUGCGACAUUUUUCAGGUUCAUGCCAACUGUAAAGGCACGGUUCGACUACGGCGUCACCAUAUUCAUCCUCACCUUUAGCUUGGUGGCCUUAUCGGGCUACCGCGUCGAUGAUCUGGCGGACUUAACAACGGAACGCAUAUCGACCAUUGGAAUUGGCAUUGCAAUCACAGUCUCUGUUUGCAUAUUUAUUUUCCCCGUUUGGUCUGGCCAAGAGCUCCAUUUUCUCAUUUCUAGAAAUUUGGCGAAGCUUGCCGAGUCCUUAGAAGGAGGGCUAGAAGAUUACUUUCCCAAGAACGGUGACAGUAUAGACAGGACAGAAUCAGCUUCUAAGAGGUCACAUCGCUACAAGUGUGUGCUGGACUCGAAAUCAUCGGAGGAUUCAUUGGCGAGUUUGGCGAGAUGGGAACCGGCACACGGAUGGUUUAAAUUUAGGCACCCAUGGCAGCAAUAUAGCAAGGUGGGAGCUGCUAUUAGGCAUUGCGCCUACUGUGUAGAAGCAAUGCAUGGGUGCGUUAACUCAGAGACGAUUAAGAGAUCACCAGAAUGCUGGGAUAAACAUCUGAGAGAUGCUUGCAUGAAACUGAACUCAGACUCCUCCAAGGUCUUAAAGGAACUAUCAAGUUCCGUAAAAACGACGAAGAAGUCUCCUAGUGUCGAUUUAUUGGUUGGGGAGAUGAAAAAUUCAGUGGAAGAGCUUCAGAUUUCUUUGUCAUCAUUGGCCGAGGCAUCAACACAGCCAAGACCAGCAGAGUCAAGUGAACUAGAGAACGAGAACAGCAGCGACGUCGACGAGUGUGACGUGGCUGUUGUAUUAAUGCCUCUAACAGAAGCCAUGGCAGUUGUGACGAUGGCAUCGUUGCUCAUCGAGAUAUCGGCGAGGAUCGAAGGAGUCGUCGAGGCAGUGGCUGCCCUCGCAGAGCUUGCAUGCUUUAAGCCAAUCGGAGACGACAAGUCCCGUUCAAAAGUGCAGGCUGAAGAGCAAGAGGAAAUGACCGACAUACCUGUUCAGAACAACCGUAACCCCAAUUGCGCCAACCGCAAUAACAAUAAAGAUGCAAACCCUCCCCCAAGAGUUAGAUAA